AUGGUUCAAGAGAGUUCUGGAAGUACUGCUGGAUGUAAAGGUCUUAUUUCAUUAAGGCCUGAUGAUGUGUACUCCAUAUUUGGUUGGAAAAACAAUGGAGUGGAUGUUUUUGGGUUUCUUAGUACUGAAGGAGAAAAAGCAACCAAAAAAAUACCAGUUAGUUUUGUUAGCAAGAAAAAUGGUAAGAUCAUGAUUGAUGAUCUCAUAGAAAAGAUUGUGAAGGAUAAGAGCACUGAUGAUGGCUUUAUUCGGAUGACAUUUCUAGUUCUCUUAGGAACUAUAAUUGCACCAGUGUCUCAUGAAUACGUUCCGAAAAAGUACUAUGCCUUAGUGAAAAAUAUUAAGUUGAUAAGGAAGUUCAACUGGAAUGCAUUCACUUCACGAUUCUGUUUAUCGGAGAUUGGUAAGCUUCUGCAGGACGGCCAUGUUAGGCAGUGGCCCCAGGGGAACCUCGCCCUUUUGCAAUACCUAUACUGGGAGAAGGUGCAACCAAUCACCGGUCCAAAAUAUGAUCCGUUGGCAUUGUUGAGCCCGCUGAUGAGGAACUGGACGGAAGAUAUGGCUGUGAGAAGAGACAAAUACGACUACGAAUAUGGUCGUGGUGUUGGGAUGAUCGAUGACAACAUUACAGAGGAGUAUAGGUUGAAAAAAAUUGCGGAAGAAGAAGCUCAAAAAACCAAGAAAGCUAGUAGCAAAAAAUCUAACGUUACUGGAACGAGGAAAGAGGGCAGUACCUCGGAGGCUUCGAGCCAGAAGCCUACUAUGGACCGGAUUUUGAGUGAGAUGAAUGAGCUUCGGAAGGAAAUGCUUCGUUUGCCAGAGUUAUGCGCACAGAGGAUGAUUGAGAAACUGAACAAAACCGGCGUCUCCUACAAACCCAGUAACCUGGAAGAGGACGAAGAGAAUCUGUACGGAGGCAUUAAUGAGUCUUCAAACGAUGUUGGACGUCCGCAAAAAGAGUUUGUAUAUCAAAAAGAUGAUUCAGACCGGUUCCGCACACCUUCCAAAAUGAAUUUGCAAAAGGAUGAUAACGGCGUUGAUGUAACUUCUCGUGAAAACACACCUUUUUACUGCACACCUGAGUACUGGGAUAGUUUCAAGGGUGAUAUGGAUGAUCCUGUCCAAGUACCAGAAGUAUCAGAUGAAAAAGCUGCCACAUCUUUAGAGACGGACGAAAUCGCAUCGCAUGCGUCGGUUGGUUCUCAAGGAGUACAAGAGGAAGUGGAGGAGGUUACUGGCAGGCGCAAGCGCAUAGGAUCACAACAUGUCAAGCCUCCUUAUGUGGUCCCUAAACCAAACAAACGUGCAAAACGUUCUGCCAAAGGAAAAUUGUUCCAAAAUGGUGAUGUUAACAAAUCUGGUGAUGAGUAUGAUGUGGUGAAAGCGUCCAUCAAGUACGUGCGUGCGCAUGAGCAUUUACAAAAACAUGCCAAAACAGAAAUUUUCAAUGAUGGCAUGGAAGAAGGUCUCACUGUGAGGAGAGCUUGUCAGAUUAUUAACCAUGAGUGGCUAAGUGGCGACGUAAUUGAUGCAUACUCAUCAUUUUUGGUCGACAAAGUUAAUGAUGAUCGUUUCAUGUUAACAACUUGGAGGAUACAUUGGUUGCUUCACGUUAGACCCGGAAAGAAGACCGCCGGUAAUGAUUAUGAAGCAGAGUCGCAUAGUAAUGGACCCGUGAACAGAUGUGAGGACGAGUAUUUCAAAAAAUCAAAGACUUACAUUCCUCUAAACAAGUAA